UAUUUUCUGCUCUUCUGUUGAUGCGAACCAGCUAAUCGCGCUUCUGAAUUGCGAUUGCGACAUGGAACGCGUGGUGUGGAGUCAAGCUGCUAUUGAAGCUGGCUGCAGCAACAACAACAACAACAGCAAUUGGAAAGAUUAAGUCUUUGGUCAACGAGCAGGUCUUGGCUCAUGAAGAAGUAGGGAAAAAUAGGAAAUCAAUCUUGAAUCAUUGCAACAGAGAAAAUCAAUCCAUGGAGUCCAAGAUCUCCACAUUUCUCGCUCCAAUGGUAGUUCUACUGCUACGACCUCUGUUUUUCCUCUGCCUCUCUUCCCCUGUUUUGUCAGCUCCAGACUCUGUAACUUUCAGCGCCACUUCUUCCGCCGUUCUAGUCAGGGAUAGCAGCGGCGGAGGAGGAACUCUUGUUUCUGCGACGGAAGCUUUCCAGCUGGGUUUCUUCACUCCAAACGGAAGUGAGUUUCGUUAUCUCGGAAUAUGGUACCGGAAUCGGCCGUCGACCGUCGUUUGGGUGGCUAAUCGUGAAUUCGGACUACAAGACUCCACCGGGUUCCUCUGUUUCACCACCGACGGAAACCUCCAACUCUUUGACGGAAGGAACGACUCUUACUGGUCAACUGGUCUCCAACAAUCAAUACCCUCUUCAGAAAAUUCCAUUUACAGCCUGAAGCUUAUGGAUUCUGGAAAUUUGAUACUCACCGGAGAAAACACGACCACGCUCUGGCAGAGCUUCGACCAUCCGACUGACACGUUUCUCCCAGGAAUGAAGAUGGUUCCCAACCUCAACUUAACUUCCUGGAGUACUCCACAAGACCCGUCGCCUGGAAAUUAUGUAUUCCAACUGGAUCAAGAAUCGCUGGGGAAAAAUGACCAGUUCAUGAUUCUGAACAAUUCCAUCCCUUUCUGGAAAUCCCAGGUUUCCGGUUUCGUCUCCUUUAUCCUGACCGAUUACUCCAUCGAGUAUCCCAAUUACACCUACAACAUCACACAUGGGCGGAGAGGGAAAACAGAGUAUUCCAACUCCAGAUUCGUGAUGGCUAUCGACGGCAGGAUUCAGUUUUUUCCCCAGGCGGCAAACGAUACGUCACCGUCCUGGGCCGAGCCCAGCGACUUCUGCAGCCAGCUGUCAGCGUGCGGCAGCUUCGGCAGCUGCAACAGCGAUUACCGCCUGCCUUGCAACUGUCUUCCUGGGUUCCUCCCGAAAUCGCCAGAGAAUUGGAACUCAGGGGAUUUCUCUGAAGGCUGCGCAAGGAUUACCCAACAACAGUGCCACAAGAAGGAAACUUUCCUCAACCUGAAAGUAGCGACGGCGCAGAAACCUACGGCGGUGAGCAAGGAGUUCUCAGAGGAAGAAGAGUGCAGAGGUUGGUGCCGUGAGAAAUGUAAUUGCCAGGCGUAUGCGCUCAAUGAAGCUGAGAAGCACGAAACAGAGUGCAGAAUUUGGCUCGAUGAUCUGAAAGACAUCGAGGAGAUUCAAGUUGCUGGUCCAGUCCUCGGUCUCAAUCUUCGGGUCUCGAUUUCGGACAUCGAAUUGACGAAGAAGGAUUGCAAGCCGUGCGGUACUAUCAUCGUGCCUUACCCACUAGGCACCGGGCCGAACUGUGGGGAUCCAUUGUACUCGAGCUUCGCAUGUAGCAACAAAACUGGCUUGCUUAGCUUUGUGGCACUCAGCGGCAGCUACACUGUGACCAGAAUUGACAAACAGGCGAACAAAUUCUACAUUCAAGUUGGGGAUGAGUAUUGUGGUGGGGAAAGCAGUGAUUCGAAGGAUGUUGAAUUGGAUCAAACGCUGCCGUUUAUAGUCGAUGAUGAUUGUAAUGCUGAUACAGGGAAUCUGAGUUUGGGGCGAUUCAGGGGAGAUAAAGUGUUGAACGAAAUUGGGAUCUCGUGGGAGUUGCCCUCUGAGCCACUUUGUGGGGUUGAAGACGACUGCAGUGAUUGGCCGAAUUCGAGUUGCGGUGAAGGUGGAGAUGGUAAGAGGUGCCUCUGCAAUGGAAGUUGGCACUGGGAUGGAAGUAAUGCUACUUGCAGCCAAAAUGUUGGUAUCAGAUCUUUCACUUCUUCACUAGAGAAGAAGAGACAAUUAUAUCCCAUCAUAUUUGGUAUUCUUGGAGGUGUUCUUCUCCUUGGCUGUGCAAUUGUAGUACUGUACAUGAAGAGAAGGAGAAGAAAGGCUACCGGAAGAGGAAGCAAAGAUGGGAAAGAUGAGAAUCUGGCAUUCAGACUAUAUGACAGCGAGAAGCGAGUGAAAGAGUUCAUGAACUCUGGCCAGUUUGGGGAAGAUGACAAGAAAGACAUAGACGUGCCAUUCUUUGAAUUGGACUGCAUAUUAGCUGCUACAGAUUUCUUCUCUAAUAGCAAUAAGCUUGGGCAAGGCGGCUUUGGUCCUGUUUACAAGGGGAAAUUUCCGGGAGGUCAAGAAAUUGCAGUGAAAAGGCUUUCGAGUGCUUCAGCACAAGGGCUUGAAGAGUUCAAGAACGAGGUCCUGUUGAUUGCAAAGCUGCAGCAUAGGAAUCUAGUAAGGCUUUUGGGAUAUUGCGUCGAAGGAAAUGAAAAGAUUUUGCUGUACGAAUACAUGCCCAACAAGAGCUUGGAUUUCUUCAUCUUUGAUCGAGAGCGAUGCAAGCUUUUGAACUGGGAGAUGCGAUUUAACAUCAUAAUGGGGAUCGCUAGAGGGCUGCUUUACCUUCAUCAUGAUUCAAGGCUGACGAUUAUCCACAGAGACAUGAAGACGAGCAAUGUUCUCCUUGACGACGAAAUGAACCCCAAAAUCUCUGAUUUUGGUAUGGCAAGGAUAGUGGCGGAGAAACAAACAGAGGUCAACACCGUACGAGUUGUUGGAACCUACGGCUACAUGUCUCCGGAGUACGCAUUAGAUGGGUGCUUCUCCACGAAAUCGGAUGUUUUCAGCUUCGGGGUGGUCGUUCUUGAGAUUCUCUGCGGGAAAAGGAACAGUGGCUUUUACAACUCCGACAAAGCACUCUCCCUCAUGGGAUACGCGUGGGGAUGCUGGAGGGAAGAGAAGGCAAUGGAAGUGAUGGACGUUUCGUUGUCAGAAACCUGCAACGGGAGCGAGUUCCUGAGGUGCGUGACGGUGGCGCUGCUGUGCGUACAGGAAGACCCCAACGAUCGACCCACCAUGGCGAACGUUCUGUUCAUGCUCGGCAGCGACACGGCCAGCCUUCCUCGUCCCAAAGAGCCUGCCUUUUCGGCCCGGCACCAUGCGAGUUCCUCCGCCACUGGCACCGGCACGGCUUCUUCUACUAGCUUUGGAACUAUGGAAACCACAACCGAGCUAGAAGGAAGAUGAUGUAUAUAUAUAGUUCGCACUCAUUUUUUGGCUGGAGAUUUUUGGAUGAUUAUCCCCCCGAUUCUUUUGUCGUAGGUUGAGGGCAAAUGUAAUGGUUAUUCUGUCACUCGAUGUAACUAUUUAUGGCCAAAUGGAAAUAUUUGACCAACGUAGAUUGAAGAACUACUACAUCUCUUGAUUUCACUAGGCCAUGCUAUAUAAGUAGACUAUAUUAUUCACUAUCAUUGUAAAUGACUAUGAGAGAGUUUGUGAAAUAUUGACAAGCAACAUCAAUUUAAUUUAAUCAAUUAAAAGCACAAGUCAAUG